AAAUACUUGUACCACGUAUUCACUCAUGUACACCUAGGUUGCCAGAGUGACUACAAGUGCGCACGCUAGUGUUAUCUGCAGCAACGUCGAUUUGGAAAACUGUUUCUUGUUUCCAGUUUGGGCCAGCGAGCAUGACUUUUCGAGUCCCAGUUCGAGCUAUAAGGACGGUGACAGAUUUGAACCACUUCAAACAAUCGCCGACUUACAAGGAGCUCAUGACGUUCAUCCGGUUAUGCAACGAUGCCGUGAUGGGCGUGCGAGCUUCCUCCCUGCAGCUGGACACUCCGGAUACGGCGAUGGAUACCGUUAGUCGAAUCGUGAGGAUGCUGAGACAGAUGGGGAGUUGGGUCGACGAUAUCCCUCCAAUUGAUGAACCGAUGAGAUUCGGUAACAAAGCGUUCAGGUCGUGGUACCAAAGGCUUGAGCAAGAGGCCGGCGGAAUGGUGGAUACUCUUCUGGAAGGGACUGGACAUGAGGCGGCCGCCGUGGAGUUGGUACCGUACUUGCUGGUGUCAUUUGGGCAUCCGAGCAGGAUCGACUACGGAACUGGGCACGAGACGUCCUUUGUGGUCUGGCUAUGUUGCCUGUUCAAGCUCGGCUCUCUCACGAAAGAGGACUUGGCGCCCGCCAUUCUGCAGGUUUUCUACAGCUACUUGCAGGUGAUGCGCAGAUUGCAAAGCGUGUACAUGCUCGAGCCUGCUGGCUCGCAUGGAGUGUGGGGAUUGGACGACUAUCACUGCCUUCCUUUUUUGUGGGGGAGCGCUCAGCUUAUCGAUCAUCCAUCAAUCAAACCGCACGAUGUGCUCGAUGACAACGUGUUGGACGAAGGUAAACACGACUACCUCUACCUAGGCGCGAUUGAUUUUAUCAAGAGCCUCAAAAAGGGCGCUGCUUUCGGAGAGUGCUGUCCAAUGUUGAAUGACAUUUCGCAGCUACCUUCUUGGAAAAAGGUCAACACGGGCAUGCAACGUCUCUACGAAGGGGAUGUUUUGGGCAAGAUGCCCGUUAUCCAGCACUUCUUGUUUGGAUCUUUAUUGCCAUGCACAUGGGAGCCAAGUCCGGCUCCAGCCGUCAAUCCUGUCGCCGUCAGCUCUUUCGGAGGUCGAGCACCUUGGGCGAAAGGAGCUCCGGCACCCCCAGAUGUGCACACUCUGGGAGCGGCGAAGGCGACGUCAGCAAACACCCAACCUACACGUCAACAUACGUCAACAUAACUAUGCAGAAUGUAGCUCGGCACAGAGUAACGUGGUGGUACUACAGUAGGGUCGAGACGAACUGUUGCAGGCGUAUUGCUUUUGUUGAAGCAGCAGUGUCGUCGGUGGGCUCCGGCUGCGUCUUUCGGUGGUGAAUGAUGCGUCUUGUACGUUGCUUGUUUACUAGAUAAUCCCUCUGUUGCCGUGAAUAGGUGCAUCGUGCUCCAUUUGGCGUCGAAUUGCGCCUUAUCUUCAACUGCACUGAUUACAGGGCACAAUCGCUGUCUCCUCCAAGUCC